GUUUGCUGAAUACUUAAAAGCAGGAAAUACUCUAUAAAAGGAAGUGAAUAGGUAAGAAACUCAAAGGCGGUCCAGUCAAACAAAGUGCAAGCUGGGGCUCCGGCAGAGCUCUGAGAGUCCAGCUGGGAUCCGAGUGCGAGCUCCGGUUGUGGAUCCAGAGGGACAAGGAGCCCGAGAGGCAGGACCAUGCCGCUGCUGCUAGUUCUUCUUCUCAGCCUCCCAGGUUGCCUCUCCAUCCAAGGCCCAAAGUCCGUGAGGGGCUUAGAGGGCGGAUCUGUGACUGUGCGGUGUGACUAUAAACCAAGAUGGGAGACCUAUAGGAAGUGGUGGUGUCGUGGAGCAUACUGGGAGUUGUGCAGGAUCCUCGUUCAAACCACAGGAUCACAGCUAGAAGUGAAGAGAGACCGUGUGUCCAUUGGGGACAACCAGAGUCACCACUUCCUCACAGUGACCAUGGAGAAAGUCAGGCAAGAUGACACAGACACUUACUGGUGUGGGAUCAGCAAGAGUGGACCUGACCUCGGGGCACCUAUCAGAGUGACCAUUGAGCCAGAGGGAACACUUCUGACCACCUUGGCGAGCAUGCUAUCCAGGAGAACCACCAGUGGCCGUGCAGGGGUAUCGUCUGUCUCCUACAGCAGGAACAGCUACAUCCUUCUGGUGUUCGUGAAGGUGCCCAUCUUGCUCAUACUGGUUGGUGUUGUCCUUUGGUUGAAGGGCCUCAGUAACGACAGUCUGUCUACAUGAACUUGUCCUUGAUCUUCUCACCAAAGACACAGCCGCUCAGAAAGACGGAUGAACAGAAUCUUCUGACCCCUGGACCCCAUUUCCAGAGGAGACGUGGGCUGUGGAAGAAAUGCCUCUGAGUCCUUAGGACGCAGUGACUGAGGCUGGGGGUGCUAAGGUGAAGCCCGGGCACCCUCCUUGCUCGGCACAGCUCAGGGACAGAGCUCAGGGCCCUCCUGGGGAGUCAGGGGGUGCCAAAGAGCCAGCACCUAUUCCAUUCCUGCAGGCAGCAAAUGUCCCUGCCCCACGGGGCUCAUGGUCAGAGCUGCUGGCCUGGAGCCCAAGCCCUGUCCUCCCUGACACCAGCUCAGCACACUUUAUGUCCAGACUUCUGGUUUAUAGGGUUGUUUCUUAAGUCAGGUUGGGUUCGGAUGACUUGUGCCCAUGAGAACCCUGACAGAUGCCCGUGUGCGCGCGCACACACACACACACACACACACACACACACACAGAUGGUGGGCUCCUGGUUCUGGGGCAUCGCCCCUCUGCCCUGGGAGGACACCGCUCUGACAGCCGAGCAGAAGAAGGACCAGGAGUCUCUCUGGGCCUAGCUCCUGUGCCGGCCUUCCUCCACCUCCACCCCCCAUCUUCCUCCUCUGUCCUGGCUCCCCAGGGCUCCCUGCCCCUCACCCCUCCAGGCCUGGGGCUUCCUGGGUGCUGCCUCUGUUCCUCAGGGCUGCUGGGCCUCAGAAACUACCUCAAGGUUGGGGAGGGCAUUCAGGAAAACUGUCUGAGGGAAGUGAUGUUGCCUCUCCUAAAUGAUGAUGUGUAAAUAAUCUUAAUAAUUAAUUUGUUUAAAUAAUCUUAAUGAUUAAAAAUGUCUAAGAUAGGGU